AUGUCUACCCAACCGCCCCAAAUAGAAACGCAACUCCAGCGACAAGCCGAUUUCGAAAAAUUCAAAAACUACACUGCCUACACCUUCCUCAUCGCUUCACCACUCUUAAUCGCCCUCCCACCUCGCAAACUAGACCACCUCACCGUCCUCCUAGUGGGUGCAUUUGCCUUUUCCGCAAAUCACGUCACCCGCGAACACACCGGGCGCAGCAUCGUCGAGCGCAUGGAAGCCCGCAUCGCUCGUCCACGUAUCUUGAACGAGUUACCCUCUGAGCGCGCGCAGGAGGUCCAGAUGCGCUUGCGAGCGGCCCGAGAGGCUCAGUUGCGUGAGGGUGGUAUGCCAGCUGAUGAGUUGGAGAAGUGGAAGGCAUUGCAGAAGCAGCAGGAGCAGGGUCUUGCGCAGCGGGUCUGGUUGGGUGGGGAGAAGGAGGGAUGGUUAGAGAGACGUCGGCAGGAGGAGCAGAAGGCUCUUGAGGAAGGGAAGGGUUAUGGAGAUUUGAUCUCUGAGUAUGUUUGGGAUGUGUGGAGCUGGGGGAAGAAGCAGGAGGAAGAGGAGGAUGAUGAUUGA